CCCUGGCUAUCCUUACAUUUUAAAAACAAGAAAAUGGUGCUGUUUUUUAAAUUAUUUAUACUUUUACUUUUAAUACUUAAGUAUAUUUCAGCAAUUACAAUACGUUUCCUAUUGAAUAUUGAUAGUAUAAUUUUAAACAGCUGAUAUUCCCAUUCAAGUCAACACUCUCUGAUGUGUGGACCAACCAUCUUUAUGCUACCAUUUGAAAUGUGAAAUGUCCAUUUUAUUCCCCUUUUAAUACAUUUACCAGCCAAAACAUGACAUCCACCCUGUAUUCAAGAGCACGCUGUGUCUCAUCCAAUGGAGGGCACAACAGUAACACCUCAGAUUAUGUAAAAUAGGGCCAAAGCUACAACAUAUGCAAAAGUGGAGAAAAAAAAAUCUGAUUCCACACGUUUUUAGACAAUAUAAUAAAGGUUAAAAAACGACAUACUUGCUAUGAAAACUGUUUUUUUUUUUCAAGAAAUUAUCAAAUAGUUUGGCAACCCUUUUUGUAAACUUUUUCAAAUUGAAGUGAUGAAGACAUGGAUGUCUCAUGUUAGGGUCGGGUAUGCAAAAUGAGUCAACUUUGAGCACCUCUAUCACCUAAAUGUUUUGACAUUCAGGUCCAAAAACGUACAUUCUGACCACUUCUAACAUGGGCAAAUUUGUAUGGAAAGUUUUGUUCAAUAACACCAUUUGAAGCAUUCCUCUUUUACUGUUAAAAAUACAAUUUUGUAACGUAUCCCACUUGGUAUUCCUUCUACGCCCCCUGCUGGCGGCAACAGGCAUAAACAAUUCCCAAUGGAAACUCCCAAACAUGUUCUAUACAUAAAAUCUGAUACCAUAUAUUUUUAUCGGCGUCACACAAACCUAAACUGACAUUGGAACAUCAGUUUGUAUUCGAAUAUUUGAAAAUAAGAAAUUUCCCAGCAAGCACAUAUUGUUCUGGGAAUAUAUGUUUCUUUGAGCUUGGCGAGCGUGGUCGUCAUAUGGUUAUUUUGCAUACAACCUUUCCACAACUUUCUGGGAAUGGUGCAAGAUUGUUCCAGCGCCAAGCAACUUUCUCAGCAUAUUUAAGGAACUUAAUUUACUUUAACAGAACGUUUCCUAAAAGUUCAAACAUGGUUACAUUUCAUUUCAAUUUUGUACAUUUUCUAGAACAUUGUCCAACUGGUUUGACAUUGGGAAUGUUCUCAAGUAGUGCAGAGAACAUUAAGAAACAACGUUCUGUGCAAUUUUAGUGCUUCAGCAUAACGUUUCCUACAAGUUAUCUCAGGGUUCUAUUUAAAGUCGUGUUCUCAAAUUGUUCCAAGAAUGUUAAGAAACAACAUCGUUCUGAGGGAAUUUCCAUACGUCAGCAUAAUGAAUAACAUUUCCUCGUGGUUCUAUUUGAAGUUAUGUUUUCAUAUUUCCCGAUAACGUUAAGAAAACUUUAGUUUUAAGAAUAGUAUUUAAAAACACACAUCAAUUACGUUCUCAGUAUCAACAAAACCCUCUCUGUCCUCAAUCUUGUUACGUGUUUUCAGGUGUGUUGGCCACGCCCACUAAUUGACCAUACCUGAUCUUAAUGAGUGUUUGUUUCCUCUGAAAUGGGGUCUAUUUGAAUAGACUAAAAUAAAUAGCUUUAUAUGCGUAAAAAAAACAUGAAACUCUAACUCCCAUCCUGGUGGCACAGUGGACUAAUUCCAUGGAUAGAAAACAAAAUAUGAUAUACUAUACAUAGACAAGUAUGUGGACAGCCCUUCAAAUUAGUGUUGUUUCGGUUAUUUCAGCCACACUCGUUGCUGACAGGUGUAUAAAAUCAAGCACACAGCCAUGCAAUCGGCGACAUGUAGCCUAGUGGAUAAGAGCGUUGAGCCAGUAACCGAAAGGUGCAACGCUGGAGAGAUUAGAGUUGCAGGCUCAUGUCUGUCAGAGCCGAGAGAGGACGAGAGAUAAUUGAAAGUGAAUCUCAUUCUAGUUCUGUGUGAGAGCAGGCGCGCCGGGCCGACUCAACCCGAAUCAACUUUUAGAAUAUCAGGUCCGGGGGAACAAUUAACGAAGAGGCCAAUAUAAUUAACUUUAAUCGCUUUAAUUAUAAUCUUUACGUUGCAAAAAGUGCCAAUUAUUUUUCAUGCCACGAGAGGUACCGGAUCCGGCCAAAAAGUUUCCGGAACGAAAUAUUCCAAUACGGAGAUGUGUACAGGAUCCGGCUCAAAUUAAACACUGGUGAUGGGUGUAUGGUAGAGGAAACUGUUGGACAUGUUUAUUAUAUUGUGAACUGUGUGAUUUAGGUAGGGAGGGUUUGUUUGAUGGGUUAGACAGGUUGGAUGGGGUUUGGGGUAGGGGGGGGUGAGGUUUGUAUGGAUUUAUAAAGGUUUUGGUAACAUACUAUAGUUGUGUAGGUAGACCGUGACCGGACUCACACUCCAGUACAGUAAGCGGCGGUGUGUGCAACUUUCCAGUUUGUUGCGAUCCGCCAAACAAAUGCAAAUAAGAAAACGUAAUUUCCUGUUUCUCAAACCCGUAGUUAUAGUGACACUUGAAUAGAAAAUAAUUAUACAUUCUCCCACUAAUCCCUUUGCUCCCAAAAAAUGUCUAAACUUCAGCAGCUCAAUGUGUUUCUCAACGAAAAAUUAACAGCAGUUCCUUUGGAGAUAUCUGUAGUAGUUAAAAAAACGAUCGCAGAGUAUCAGGAAGAAAUAUCCCGUUUGGAACGGGCGAAUGCACGUCUACGAAGACUGCUGGAUUUGGUUUUCAAACCAGAGAUAAAGUUGCAUAGAUUAGCAGACCUCCAGCGGCUCACUGUCUCUGAAGAGAAGGUUAACUCUGGGCAGCAGGAGUGGAGCUCCUAUCUGGGGCCAGUGGAGUCUGAUACCGAAGAGUCUACUUGCAACUCUUUCAACAUCAUAACGGUAGAGAACCAAAAAGAAUCUGAUGGCAACAGAGAAUCAGAAUCAACCAGUGACUAUCAGCCCCCCUCGGAAGUAAAUCCGGAAAGUGACAAUGAUGAAAGUAAUGGCGGAAAAGUGCAUAGAGUGGAGAAGAGAAUACCUCUGUCGGGGUCAAAGAGACGACGAGGACGGCCAAGAAAAGAAACCAGUGAGUUGACGGAUCCGAAGUGUGAUGUGUGCGUAAAAUACUUUGCGACAGCAAGUGGUCUGGAAAGGCACCGGCAGUUACGGCACAGUGAAGACAGACCAUACAUGUGCGAUACAUGUGGCCAGUGUUUCGCCUUAAACCGAUACCUGACCCGACACAUGAAGAUUCACACAGUGGAGAGACCACAUCGCUGCGCGGUCUGUGGCAAACGUUUCUUUCACAAGGAAAGCCUGAAAAAUCACAUGGUUAAUCUGCAUACAGGGCUGAUUUUUAAAUGUGAUUUGUGUGGGAAAUGCUUGUCGACAAAAGGUCGUCUGAAACUGCAUAGGCAAAAUCACACGGGGGACAAAUCGCAUCCGUGCAAAGAAUGUGACAAGGCUUUCUACUGCGAGUCAGACUUGAUAAAGCAUACGAGGACUCACACUGGGGAGAAACCGUUUCAGUGCAAAGAAUGUGGCAAGUGCUUCGGCGAGAAGGGAAGCCUGACAAAGCACAUGAUGACUCACACACAGGAGAAACCACAUUGCUGCAACGAAUGUGGCAGACGCUUCAACCUCAAGGGAAACCUGACAGUGCAUAUGAGGACUCAUACGGGGGAAGGAGUUCAAUGUCAUUUGUGUGGAACUUACUUGAAGUUAGCAGCAAGUCUGAAGAGACAUCUGCGAACUCACAGAAUAAAUAUUGCCAAUGACUGAGAACACAUAACAAUGCACGUUGUGUAAAAUGUGUUGUUGGAAGGUAGAGACUAUGUUAAGAGGACACCCCUCAGGUCACGGCUCUUGCUACAGUCUGAAAUCUGGGAAUCUGUUCAAUGGCCAUUUUUACGGAACGCUAUCACGUUAUCAAAUUCCAAUCAACUAUUUAUUACGCCUUUUUUACAAACGUUACACUCUCAAGUCCAAGUUAGACAUUUUCAGAACUGAAGAAGUCUGUGAAGAAAAAUCACAUCCCACAACAUCUGUUGUGUAGAUUAAGUUAUUUGCCUUCACCCCCAAAUGAAUGGAAAAGAUAUGAAACCAAAUCAAACCAGGAAAUUAGAUGGUUUUCAGCAGUUAGUCUAGUGGUUAGAGCGUUGGGCCAGUAACCGAAAGGUUGCUGGAUCGAAUCCUUGAGCUGACAAGGUAAAAAUCUGUCGUUCUGCCCCUGAACAAGGCAGUUAACCCACUGUUCCCUGGUAGCCUGUCAUUGUAAGUAAGAAUUUGUUCUUAAAACUGACUUGCCUAGCUAAAUAAAGGUUACAUGUACAAAUGUCCAUUCAUUUGGGAUUCAAAUCUAAUUUCAUUUGUCACAUGCUUCGUAAACAACAGUGAAAUUCUUACUUACAGGACCUUCCGAACAAUAUAGAGAAAUAAUAAUACACAAACGAUAACAUGGGUUACCAGUACAAACUCUGGGUACUGGGAUGUUGUCAUUCUUCUUUUCAAGUCUGAAAACGUAUGACAAACUUUAAUUUUCAGUGAAAUCUCUUUAAUUUCUAAGAAAUGUAAUUUAUGUUUUUUUCUGAUACAUGACAACUACUGUCAUAUGUCUGUUAACAAAGCUCUAAUGGUGUGUGAUGUGGUAAAACUUUAUAUCAGGUUUGAAACACGUAGUUUGUUGUACAUGGUUUUUGGCAAUAAAAUGGACAGAGCCCAGACAAAGGACAUUUUUUCAAAAUAUAUUGUUUGUACCAGAGAGAGAUUUUUGUAUUUAUUUUAUAUUUUAUUUAUUUAUUUAACCUUUAUUUAACUAGGGCAAGUCGGUUAAGAACAGAUUCUUAUUUACAAUGACGGCCUACCCUGGCCAAACCCUAACCCGGACGACGCUGUGCCAAUUGUGCGCCGCCGAUCUAGGCCAACAUAAUCAAUAAUUAUACUUUACUUAAGUUUUUUAUUUUUCAACAGAAAACAUUUUCAAGGUCUCUAUUUUAACAAACUAAACACUAUUGUGAAUCUUGAGCUGCCAUUGUUGAUUAAAGUUGUUCUUUAUAAUUUCAAAAUAAAUGUGUACAAUUAA